AUGGAUGAGCAGGACCCAGAAGGAUCUGGACUUGGCAAGAGAACAAGGAAAGGCCCCCAUCCUUUCCAAGCUGGGAGUGGUGUCAAAUUUUGGGAAAGACCUGUGCCAGACACCUGGGAUCAGGAGUCCCUGAACUCAGAAGUACUUUGCCAACGCUUUCAGCAGUUCCGCUUCUAUGAGGCCGAUGGGCCCCGAGAGGUUUGCAGCCAGCUCCAUGGACUUUGCAACCUCUGGCUGAAGCCAGAGAGACACACCAAGAAGCAGAUCGUGGACCUGGUGAUACUGGAGCAGUUCCUGACCCUCCUGCCCCAGGAAAUGCAGCACUGGGUCAGAGGUUGUGGGCCAGAGACCAGUUCCCAAGCGGUGGCCCUGGCUGAAGGCUUCCUCCUGAGUCAGGCAGAGGAGAAGAGGCAGGCAGAACAGAUGUGGGGUCCAUCCGUGAAGAGGGAAGUGAAGUUCUCUGAGACAGAAAGCGCUCCGCCAGAGGAAGGGCAGCUGACCCAGGCCCAGGAGCAUGCCCAAGAUGCCCUCUCGUGCGGCAGUGAAGAGGCAGCGUUGGUUUAUUCUCUUUGCGGAAGUAUAGAAACAGCUGCUGCACCUCCAGUCCAGUCUCCAUUUUCCUUUGAAGAAGUGGCUGUGUAUUUCACCGAGGCAGAGUGGGCCCUGCUGGAUCCAGACCAAAGAGCUCUCUACAACGAAGUCAUGCUAGAGAAUUACGCGAGCAUGGCCUCUCUGGCUGAGGGUUAUCAGUGGAAUGAGAGUGAUGAGGAAGUGCAUCAGCUAUUGCCAGAUAAAGUGAAGAAUGAAGAUCUGAAAGGGAAAUUCAGGAAUCAAGGCGAGACUCAGAGGCAAAAGGGAAGACCCAUGGUUAAGAAGAGAGAUAAGCCCAUUCCUGGCCAAGAGGGGGAUUUCCGUGAACUAAUCCACAUGAUGGAGGAAGGAUAUAAGUGUUUGGCGUGUGGAAUGAACUUCUCAGAUCAAACCCAAUAUGGUAUCCAUUUGCAAAUGCACAGUGGAAAGAAGACCCACCAAUGCGUGGAGUGUGGCAAGAGAUUCCUUUGCAGAGCAGAGCUCCUUAGACAUCAAAAAACACAUACAGGAGAGAAACCUUAUAGCUGCUCAGAUGGUGGUAAAAGCUUCUCACAGAAAUCACAUCUUGUUCAACACCAGAAGAUUCAUUCAGGAGUCACGCCAUUUAUCUGCCCAGAGAGUAGAAGGACGUUCUCUCGUGGAAGAAAGGAUAAUCCACUUUUUCCAAAGCAUAGUGUAAUGGGGGCACAUAAAUGUGUUCAGUGUGGGAAGUACUUCAAAUACAGAUCACAGCUCCUUGUGCACCAAAGACUACACAAGGGGGAGAAACCUUUUGAAUGCUCAGAGUGCAGAAAGAGAUUCAGUCAACGUGGCCAUCUUGAAAUGCAUCAAAGAACCCACACAGGGGAGAAACCUUUUGAAUGCUCAGAGUGUGGAAAGAGAUUCAAUUACAGUAGCACUCUUCAUCAGCAUCAAAGAACCCACACAGGGGAGAAACCUUUUGAAUGCUCAGAGUGUGGAAAGAGAUUCAGUCACAGUGGUGAUCUUAAAAAGCAUUUAAGAACCCACACAGGGGAGAAACCUUUUCAAUGCUCAGAAUGUGGAAAGAGAUUCAGUUACAGUGGUGAUCUUAAAAAGCACUCAAGAACCCACACAGGGGAGAAACCUUUUGAAUGCUCAGAGUGUAGAAAGAGAUUCAGCUACAGUAGCGAUCUUCAUCAGCAUCAAAGAGAAGGGGCGGGGGAGGCUGCGCUCGGCAUCCCCGACAGCGGGGCGACGCUUGGGCUGAUGGUUCCCUCUGCCAGCUAUCUCGGCCGCCCAGAAAUGAAGGCCGGGAAGUCUAAAAUCCCAGAGAGGCCGCCAGGAAACGGGAAGGCUGGGAGAGGGGAGGCGAUCCGGCCCCUUCCCUGCAUAGCGGAGGCCUCGCGAGUGAUCCAGAUUUGCAUGGUGGCUGGGGGGAAGGAGCAGAGAAUGUGGGGUCCAUCCAUGAAGAUCUCUGAUAUGGAAAGAGCUCCACCCGACGCAGGGCAGGGGGCCCAGGAGCCUUCCCAAGAUGCCCUCUUAUCUGGAGGUGUGUGCGAGUUAGCAAAUGAAAAAGAGCAACCAGUGAUGGAAAAGGAAAUCUAUUCAGAUGUGAAAGAGAACAGUGAAUAUUGUGAUGAGCUGAAGAUGGAGGUGAAACAUUCCAGAACCCAGCAGGCCAUCAACCACCUCCUCCAACUGGCUGCCAUAGAGCCAGUUCCUCGGCUAGAAUGUUUCCAGGGGGUAUACUCCACCUUCUUCAUGGUCCCCAAAAGAAACGGGGACUGGAGGGCCAUCCUCAACUUGAGAUACGUCAACCGGAGGAUGCAAAAGAAAUGUUUCCGCAUGGAGACUCUUCGCUCCAUCGUGGAACCCCUCCUCCCUGCAACGUUCAUGGCCGCGGUGGACCUCAAGGAGGCCUACCUACACAUCCCCAUUCACCCACUACACCGACGGUUCCUCUGCUUUGCUUAUGCCCAGGAACACUUCCAAUUCAAGGCCCUCCCUUUCGGACUUUCCUCAGUCCCGCGUGUAUUUUCAAAGAGUACUCCGCAAGAUUCAGCAGGAGAAGGCCAAAGUCUUGGUCGUAGCCCCCUUCUGGCCCCGCAGACCAUGGUUCACCACUCUACGCAGAAUGUCGGUGCAAGACCCCUGGAGAAUUCCAACCAAACAGAACAUGUUACGGUGCAUGGUCCCUCCAUGAAGACUGAAGCUACGUUCUCUAAGACAGAAAGAGUUCUAUCAGAGGAAAGGCAGCUGACCUGGGCCCAGGAGCCUUCCCAAGAUGUCCUCUCACACGGCAGUGAAGAGACAGUGUUGAUCCAUUCUCUUUGCGGUGGUGUGGAAACAGCUGCUCCAUCUCCAGUCCAGGUGAUGAUCAGUGGAAUGAGAGUGAUGAGGAAGUGCAUCAGCUAUUGA